CUUUUUUUCAAGCUGAUCCCUCUUUUUGUUGUUUUUUAUUUAAUCAGCUCCUCCAUAAUGGUGACUCCCGGUCAGCCAACCCCCCAGCAGCUUGCUGCCAUGCAACACCACCUCACAACUGAAGCUGCAAAGAGAGGAAUGACCCCUGAGGAAUUUAGCAAUAUGCAACGACAACAGCUUGCGGCAGAGGCUGCGAAACAAGGCCUUACGCCGGAGCAAUAUAUAGCCCAACUGAAAGCCAAAGCUUUGCAACAACAUCAGCAGCAGCAGCAGGCCAAGCAUGCACAUGAGCAUGGAGAAAAUCAUCCGCAACAUGUUCCUAUGAACUCGAAUGCACCACCAAACCCCCGUGCCGUCGCAGUGGCAGAUUUUCUCAGGUCACAAAAUUUGAAGCCGAGAACUUGCAUUCUGGAUGGGCGAAGGAGAGAGCUGUUCAAAGUUAAGCGAGCAAUACGAGCUAUUCAAUCGCCUGCAUACGCCAAAGCUCAGUCGAAAGCCAAGUCUCUACUUCCUCCAGUGACAGAUAAGGCUUCGGCCGAAAAUGCCUUCAAACUCCUCCCACUCUCGCUCCUUGCACUUCGAGUUUCCAAAGUUGAUCCACAUGCCGGCCACAACCAUGCGAAACCAAAAAACCGCGUGAAGGGUCUGUGGACAGUAAAAGUAGAGCAGAACCAGGAGAUAGAUCCGAUGAUGCACUACGUAUGGCUAUAUGAAGGCCCACAGUGGAAGCAAAAGGCUAUGGCCGCAGGUGUCUUGGUAGUAAUCAUGGCAGUUGUGAUGUUCCCGCUGUGGCCCAUUAUGUUGAGGCAAGGUGUUUGGUACUUGAGUAUUGGUGCCAUGGGCUUGCUGGGCCUAUUUUUCGCCAUGUCGAUUUUCCGGCUCAUCUUAUUCUGUGUUACGUACUUUGCGGUUCCACCGGGCCUUUGGCUGUACCCCAAUUUGUUUGAGGAUGUGGGAUUCUUUGAUAGUUUCAGACCAGUGUGGGGCUGGCAAGAGAGCAAGAAAAGCAAGAAGAAGUCUAAGAAGACCAACACAGGCACAAGCACAGCCGCGUCCUCCGCCUCCAAGUCAGCCAACUCCGUAAAAGCUCCUCCAUCCAACACAGGUGGCUCAUCAACAGGAGUGGCAGCGGGCGAAGCGAUAAAACGAGAUCUUGCACCGCGCGUGGAAGAAGCGGACGAUGAAUAAUUGUUAUAAAUGUCUUUUUAUUGUUCGUUACUUUUUGGCCCCAGCACUGAAAUGCACUUUUUUUCACCUUUUAUUUCAGUUUCCCUUGGCCAUGGCCCCAUCAGCUGUGCUAGUUUAUUUACCAUUCUGUUAUUUUAACUACCACUUGUGUUUAACCCCAUUUUCCUCGUCAUUUUUCAUAUUUGUCCCGUGAGGAAAGGACGCUAUGAUCGGUUUUCUUUCUCUCCCUUUUUCUUUGAUUUUUACAUUUCUCUUGGUUGGUAUUAGAGCAGAAAUAAUUAAGAAUAUUUUAGUUACCCUUUUUCCAAACGCAGGUGAAAAACAGGCGUUUUAGGAACCAACCAAAGAUAAAAAGAAGAAGUGACAAGAAAUAUUGGAAGCUAUGUAAUAAUCAAAUACCCUUUAGUUAUCGGACUGUUUAACAAAAGAAAGUUUUUCAC